AUGGUGAACUGGCUGAAUCUGAUGGUGCCGUUCGCCUACCUGGGCGUCCUGAUCGGCUCCCUGGCGACAUUUUCCUCGCUAUACCGCAAGCGCAAAGCCCAAAACGCCUCCUCCCUCGAACCCUGGUUCCCCGCCCACCUCCAACGCGACAUCUACUUCUCCCUGCUGCACCUGGACCCGCCCGCGCCGACCUCGACCUCGGGCAAGGAGAAAAAGCCCCCCGCGGUGCCGGAGUCGGUGCUCAAGGCGGCGCUGCUGCGCCGCGCCACAGAGGACAUCAAGCGGGUGAUGACGCUGCGGAGCCAGAAGCAGGCGCUGGCGAUGUUGCUGCAGCGCGGCAGCGUCGGCGACGACCUGUGGCAGCGGUUUCUGCGCGCGGAGAAGGAGAUGGAGGACGAGGUGAGGGAUGUUGUUGCUGAGGCAAACGCAUACGUCCCGAACUGGGGCCAGACGAUCUUCCAGUCCGCCAACGAGAUGAUGAACAACGUGAUCUACCGCGAGCGCAUGGAGUUCCACCAGGCCAAGGUUGCCGAGGAGAAGGAGUGGUGGGAGAAGAAGAAGGCCAGCAUCCAGGAGGGCUUUAUGAAGGAGUUGGAUGAGGAGGAGCAGGGGUCCGCGAAGAAAUCGGACGCCGCUGAGGGCGCCGCCGCUACCCCGACGACGGGGUCGUCGACGCCUGCGGUCAAGACGCCCGAGUCGUCGGCUGCGCCGUCGUUUGUCACUGGGAGCGAUGAUGAUGCGGUGUUGGUAGAGGCGGAUGAGCAGGGUGGUGCGGGGACGGGGUCGAAGAAGAAGAAGAAGGGGAAGAAAUAG